AUGAGCUACAAUUCCUUUUAUGGCUCAAUUCCACCACAACUUUUCCACCUGAGGUUUUUACAGUUUUUUGACAUCUCCUCUAACUACGGCUUCGAAGUGGAAAUUUCAGGCAAAGGGUUGGCCAAUCUCACCAAAUUAGUUCACCUUAAAAUGAGCGGCAAUAACUUAGAUGGCACAAUUCCAGCACAACUUUUCCACCUGAGGUUUCUGCAGUUUCUUGAUUUGAGUAAAAAUUCAUUAAAGGGUGGAUUAAGUAGUGAUGUUGGCAAGCUUGGAAAUUUGAGGACAUUACUCUUGGAAAGAAAUUUUCUUGAUGGACAUAUUCCUCUUCAGAUUGGAAAUCUAACAAAGUUGCAGCAGUUUUCUAUCAAUCUCAAUGAUAUUUCAGGUCAGGUUCCAGACUCAAUUGGGAAUUUGACGGGACUGGAAAGACUAGAUUUGGGCAAUAAUUAUUUGCAGUUGCAAAUUCCGAGUGCGAUUGGACGCUUGUCCAACAUUUCCACUAUAGUGUUGAGCAACAACACUUUCACUAGUGUAAUCCCACCAUCUAUCCAAAACUUGAGCAAAUUGGAAACACUUGGGCUGGAAGAUAACAUGCUUUCUGGAGAAAUCCCCUCCUGUUUAUUUGACAUUGCGAGUUUGAAGAAUUUGUAUCUUGGAGGAAACAAGUUCAUUUGGAAUAACCAAGUCAAAAUAGUUCCCAAGUGUAUGCUUUCUCAACUCUCUCUCAAAUCAUGUAAAAUGACUGCAGACAUUCCGGAAUGGAUUUCCACUCUAAAGAAUCUUAAUAUGCUCGAACUGAGUGACAAUCAGCUCACAGGAAACUUCCCACUUUGGAUGGCAGAGAUGGAAAUUGAAAGUCUACUACUCUCACGGAACAAACUUACGGGCUCAAUACCCUUUUCACUUUUUCAGUCUCAAAAUUUAUCCAUUUUGGAUCUUUCAAGAAACAAUUUCUCAGGGGAGUUGCCACAAAAUGUCGGUCAUGCUUUAAAGAUGAAGGUACUAAUGCUUUCUGGAAACUAUUUUUCGGGGUCGAUUCCGGAAUCCAUUGUAUAUAUCCCUAACCUACUACUACUAGACUUGUCAAGAAACAGACUCUCUGGCAACACACUCCCGGUUUUCAAUCAUUAUAUUUCACCAUCAUAUGUUGAUCUCUCCUCUAACGAACUAUCCGGUGGCAUUCCCGCAUCAUUUUUCACUGGAAUUAGUAUUCUUGGAAUUAGUAUUCUUGCAUUAGGGAAAAAUAAGUUCUCUGGAAGCUUUCCUAGGAACCUCACUAAUAUUGUAGACCUUGAAUAUCUUGAUCUACAUGACAACAAUAUUACAGGCGAUUUUCCAGAUUAUUUUAUUUCAAAAUCCCCCAAGCUUCAGGUUCUGAGUUUACGUAACAACUCACUACAUGGCUCAUUGCCGUCCAACUCUUUCUACAACAGAAGUGGCCUCCAAAUUCUUGAUCUCUCAAGUAACAGUCUUGAUGGAAGUAUCCCUUCAGAGUUGGGAAAUCUACCAGGAAUGAGUGGAUCAAUCGAUGAAGUAUAUUCAACAGCCCUUUUAUGUGAUGAAAUAAAGGUGAACUGGAUCGAGGCCACAGUUUCAGUAUUCAAUGGCAUUUACACCACUAGAAUCGAGAUGAAUGAUUUAACAGUGAACUGGAAGAAUGCUAUGCAAGGUCUCUCAAGUCAUGAUCGACAUAUUUAUACUUUACUAGACUUGUCAAACAAUAAGUUUUCAGGUGAUGUUCCAAAUUCAUUCGGAAAUCUCAUAGGGCUGAAGCUGCUCAAUCUGUCCUACAAUGAACUCUCUGGACAUAUACCACAAAGUUUUGGAGAUCUAGAAAGUAUAGAGGCAUUGGACCUGUCUAACAACAAUAUCUCUGGUACAAUUCCACAAUCAUUUGGGAAGUUGGAUCAACUAUCCGUAUUAGAUGUGAGUAACAACAAGCUAAGUGGCAAAAUCCCACGGGGUGGACAGAUGGACACGAUGAAUGAUCCGAGUUAUUUUGCCAACAACAGUGGAUUAUGUGGGAUGCAAAUCAGAGUGAAUUGUUCAAAAGACGAGCCAACACCAAAUGAAGGACAAGAAGAGGAUGAUGAUGAAAAAGAGGCAUGGUUCUUGUGGACAGGAGUGUGGAUUGGAUUCCCUCUGGACUUGAUUUCGUCGGUAUUAACAGCAUAUCUUGGUGGGUAUUUUGUUAUACCAACAGCAAAGUACCACUCGAUUCACUACAGGCAAAGCGCAAAGAUAAAUGCAGGUUUGAUAACUAGAACUUCAAGUCCUUGGAUCACUAUAAAUAUAUAG